CGCCCCCCCCCCCGCCCCUGCGUCCCAAGAUGCCGCGCCGAAGCCUCGCGAGCCUGGCGGUCCUCCUCGCCUGCGCCGCCGCCGCCGUCCGCGCGCUGCCGUCCAAGAAAGGGGGACAGACCAUCGCCCUUCCCUUCCCGGACUGCGCGCACCACACCGUCACGCGGGACAGGUCCAUGCCCCCCGUGGACCUCCAGAGCUCGCUUCGCUUCGCCGUCCUGCCCUCAGAGCGCCGGAUGAGUCUGCGCAUCAUCGUUGGAGAGUCUCAGUAUGCGAUCGCCGUCGCGCCCGACCACACGGUGUUGACGCGGUGCGACGGCCAAGCGCAGCAGAGACACUGCACUCUGCUCCAGCCGCCCAAGGUGUCUGUGGCUGACCUUCUCAAGCAGAACGACUGGACCUGGGUUGACCUCGGCUUCGACGGUCACAGGAUAAGUGUUGUAAUCGCGGACGUCGAAAUUUUGGUUGAUGACGCCUGGGAGGCCACCCCGGGGCGGGAAUCCACCCACUCUGCUCAGGUCGCCUUCAUCUCCCUGGAGGAGGCCUCCAUCGACUCUGCCCCGGGUUACGCGCUGGAAGUCAAUCUCAGAUGUGACUCCACACACACACCCGAUCAGGAGGUCAGCACCCACGCCCCCGCCAACACGCCGCCUACCGAUGUCUCGCCCGCACCCUACCCUGCCUGCCCCCUGUACCGCGUGCUGCCAGGGUCCCCGCUCCCCUACAUCGACAUCGACUCGACGCUGAGCCUUGCCGUGCUCCCGUCGGUGUCGAUGCUGGUCAUGAAGAUUCACGUCGGUCACACGCUCUACAAGGCAUCUGUGGAAGGCACAAUGAUCACGCUCAUGAAGUGCGAGGAGGACGGCGUGACGUGCAGGAACGUCGAAGUUGGAGGGACGAAGGCCAUGGACCUCUUGAUGCCCAACAAGUGGAACUACGUCGAUGUGCUGCUGGAGAACGAAGAGGUAUGGCCGCGGGCGCUUCGCCUGCGAAGGGUCACACGUGUGUAGCGCGCGCUCACCAUGCACGGUAUAACACA